ACGCGGCGGCAGCUCCCUCCGCAGCCCCGCGCCUCCCCAGCCCCGCCGCCGCCGCACCGGGCAUGGCCGCCCCCCGCCGCCGCGCCCCGCGAUAGCCCCACGACCCGACGCGUCGCCGAGGUGUUCAUCUCGGUGGGGCCACACUGACCAUGCUCAGGAGCUUCUGUCUCCAGCUCAUGUCCUUGAUUUGGAUCCUCUUGGCCCAUCACCAGCUUGUGCAAGGGGAUGACUGUAGUGAGCGCUGUAAUCUCGCCCACGGCUGCUGUGAUCAGGAUGGGAAGUGCAGGUGUGAUCCAGGCUGGGAGGGGGAGUACUGCGAGGAGUGCGUGCGCAUGCCGGGCUGUCUUCAUGGGACGUGCCACCAGCCUUGGCAGUGCAUCUGUCACACCGGCUGGGCUGGCAAGUUCUGUGACAAAGAUAUACACAUCUGCGAACACCAGUCCCCAUGUCAGAAUGGGGCACAGUGCAUCUACGAUCAAGAUGGGGAAUAUUCCUGCUUGUGUCCAGAAGGUUUCCACGGGAAGGACUGUGAGAUGAAGACAGGGCCAUGUGAGAAGGCAGGGUCUCCAUGCAAGAAUGGUGGGCAGUGUCAAGAUGAAAACGGCUUUGCAAGCAACUUCACCUGCCGGUGUCUCGCUGGCUUUGUGGGGACUUUCUGUGAACACGACGUGGAYGACUGCCUGAUGCGCCCCUGUGCCAACGGGGCCACCUGCCACGAUGGCAUCAACCGCUUCUCCUGCCAGUGCCAGGUGGGCUUUGAAGGGCGUUUCUGCACCAUCAACAUCAAUGACUGUGCCAGCCAGCCAUGCAAAAACGGGGCAAAGUGCUAUGACCGCAUCAAUGACUAUGACUGCUUGUGUCCUGACCGUUUCACUGGCAAAACCUGCGAGAUCUCCGUCCCUGAGCCCACCUGGUCUCCUCCCUACCAUGCUGCAGAUCCCGAGAAUGGUGGGGCUGUGAAAAGCACCACUAGUGAGACGCCGGGGGUGACACAGCCGGAGCCUGUCAGGACCGUGGUCACGGGGCGGCGYGUGGCCAACCACAGUGAGAAAGAGCCGGGGGGAGGGUUGUUGAAAAUCUCUGUGAAGGAGGUGGUGACCCAAAGGGACUCGGGGCUGAGCGAAGCCCAGCUGGUGACAGUGCUGGUGUUCGGGGUGCUGACAGCAGUGCUGGUCCUCAUCACUGUCCUGCUAAUGCUGAGGAACUGGCAGAGAGGCCGUCAGAGGUCAAACUGGUGCCAAAGCCCUUCUCAGGCUGCCAGAAAGCUCCAAGACCAGGAGUGUCAGGUGGGCAUGCUCAACACCAUCUUGAUUGAGCCAAGGAAGACCACAGARCUGUGAGCUGCGAGGACUCUGAACUGGGCCCUGGCAGGUCAUCAUGCUGGCAAACMCCACGAACUGCACCCUGUGGAGCCACAGCGGCACCGACCGGGCAGCRGGGAUGGGCUCCCAGGGCAGCAAACACGUUAACGAAACCCUGGGUGUUGAGCAUUGGUGUGACGGCCCUGCUUGCGUCCAAGGUGUCUCCUGUCUGGCUCAGCUGGCACCCAUGGGCAUCUGAAGGCAGGGCUGUUGGGCCAGCCCUGCAGAGGAGCAAUGGUGCACUGCUUGCAGCAGCCCAUGCCAUCCAAGCGCCGAUAUCAUCCGACACGAGUGUUCAGGAACAGGACRGGUAGUGCGAAGGAGGGCACAGCCCUCUUGCAAGCCCAGAUGCUGACAGGCCCUUGGUAACUCCUGUCUGUGACUACUGGAAGGGGCUUUAUCCUCAUUUCUGCUGGUGUUAGGAUGCUUCUUCCAGGGCCUUUGGGACCGUUGUGGCUGCAUGGGUCUUCCUGCCAUAGUACUGUGUGGGGUAGUUCCUGGCUGUUUCUGGAGGCUGUCAUUUCAGAUGCCAUGUCUCUAGGGAGUGACGAACACCCUUGCUCCCUGGCCUUGUGGUUCUGUGAGCCAAUUCAAAGAGACUUWAAAAAUCAUUGGAGGUCUCAUGCCCUUCCUCUGCCCUGGCUGAUGCCUGCCCCUCUUGCUGUCAGAGCUGGGAUUACAAACAUGUUCCCUGCUUUCCUCCUGAUGAUCCAGGGGUCUUUCUGACCCACUUACCAAGCCGUCCUUUCUGGUCUGGCCACAAAUGACCAAGAUCCUCUGCCUCUGCAGUGUGCACUGCUGCCUCACCGUUUGUUCUCCUCUGGGRUCCUCUGGGACUGAGCUGGUCCUUCUCAUAUGUCCUCAUAGGUGAAGCUGGAGAUGGACAAGGCUGUGCUGCGGCUGGUUCAGGAGCAAUACGGGAUCCAGGUCCUCCUUUCCUCUCCCAUUCACUCUGAGGCAGGCAGCUGUCUCUGACUUCAAUCAGUCAUUGUAGCRUUUCUUCAUACAAUGGCUAAACUCCCCACAGUGGAUGUGGGGAGGACAGGCUACCGAGCCUGGGAUGAACACAGGAAGCAGACACAAAACUGCCUUUGCCAUUGCUAAAGCACAGCUGCUAAGAGACAGUAGAUGGUCAGAUCACCUAGUCUUUGAACAGGUCCUCCUGCCUGUGCUGGUCUGGUGUGCAGCAAUCAAUGUCUCUCUCCCAGCGCCAGGGAUUUCUGUACCUCCUCAUGGGCAUAGAGGGCCAASCAGUGGGGCACAACCCCCCACAACCCAAACCCUACUACUAGCUUGUAGGGUUGCAGAGCUGGGUUCAAGGUGGUGUGAGGUGAGCCAAGAAGUGACCACUCAGGCAGGAGAGAGACCUGGGAGGAGAGACUGGAGCUUCAUCAGAAAGAUUAUUUUUUUAAUACAUGGAUGGAUGAUGUACCUUUAUCAAAUAAAA